AUUCAGCCGUUUUCGUACUUAUGCCUAGCACUGACGUGGCUGCCUGUUGAACAAGGUUUCUGCAUUGGCAUACUGGCAAUCAGUGUCGUUUUUGUUUCACAUUUCUGAGGUUUGGAAAUCUAUAAAUUACAAUAUGGUGCUGUUGGCAGCGGCGGUAAUGACCAAAAAUGGUCGAGCCAUCAUAUCUCGGCAAUUUGUAGAAAUGACUCGAUCAAGAAUUGAAGGUCUUCUUGCGGCAUUUCCUAAAUUAAUGAAUACAGGCAAACAACACACAUUUGUCGAAACAGAAUCAGUGAGAUAUGUCUAUCAACCUCUGGAGAAAAUGUAUAUGUUGCUGAUCACUACAAAGAAUAGUAAUAUUUUAGAAGAUCUGGAAACACUAAGAUUGUUCUCAAGAUUGAUUCCAGAGUAUUGUCGAAUCCUGGAUGAAAAUGAUGUUCAAGAACAUGCUUUUGAAUUGAUCUUUGCAUUUGAUGAAGUUGUAGCUCUAGGAUAUCGUGAAAGUGUCAAUCUUGCACAGAUUCGAACAUUUACUGAGAUGGAUUCUCAUGAAGAGAAAGUGUUCAGGGCAGUCCGUAAGACUCAAGAAGAUGAAGCUAAGGCUGCCAUGAGAAGAAAAGCGAAAGAACUUCAGCAACAAAGGAGAGAUCAAGUACGAGGUGGACCAAGAGGAUAUGGCAGUGGUGGGGGAGGAUACAGCAGUGGCAAAUCUGACAUGUCAAGCACUCAAAUCAUAUCACCAGAUCCUCCUAAACCUAAACCAGCACCAACAAGGAGUACUGGUCGUGCAAUGAAACUUGGUGCCAAAUCUAAAGAUAUUGAUUCGUUUGUCGAUAAACUUAGAUCAGAGGGAGAGGUUAUCACAACUAAUUCAAAGAAGAAAGCAGCUGAUGUUGCAAAAACAUCAGUUCCUGCUGCCCUCAUUGAAAGUGUGCAUGUCAGAGUUGAAGAAAGACUGAACGUAUCGGCAGAUCGUGAUGGUGGAUUGCAACAAAUGCAAUUACAGGGUCUAUGUACUCUUCAUAUUACUGAUGAAAAAUACGGUUUCAUCUUGCUCAAUAUUGAAAAUAAUGAUGAUACUGGAUGCCAGUUACAGACUCAUCCAAAUGUAGACAAAAAGGCAUUCCAGUCUAACGGGGUGAUAGGUUUGAAGAAUUCAAGUAAAUCAUUCCCAAUGAAGCAAGAUGUCGGUGUACUGAAAUGGAGACUUCAGACAACAGAUGAAAGUUUGAUGCCAUUAGCAAUUAAUUGUUGGCCAAAUGAAUCUGGCGAUGGCGGGUGUGAUGUCAAUAUUGAAUAUGAAUUACAAUCAGAAGAUCUAGAACUUGCAGAUGUUUCUGUGUCAAUACCUGUGCCUUCUGGUGUCGGGGCACCUAAUGUGGCUGAAGCUGAUGGAGAAUAUAAACACGACUCAAGGAAAAAUGUUUUGGAAUGGACACUGCCAGUAAUCGAUAAAUCUAAUAAGUCUGGAUCUAUGGAAUUCAGUAUUCCGGGUUGUGCUGAUGAUUUCUUUCCAAUAUCUGUUUCAUUCCAUUCAGCGAAAACAACUUACACUGAUAUUAAGGUAACCGGUGUGGAACACGUUCAAGGUGGUGCAUCUGUCAAAUUUUCUAUGGAAACCGCACUCUUAGUUGACAAGUAUGAGAUAGUAUGAUGUUGAUUUGAAACAUAUCAGGCAAAACUUUUGUCUCUCCCAUGGUGUCGCAUUCGAAACAUCAUUAAGAACUUGAAGAAUCAUUGAUUUCCUGUACAGAUAUAACUCUAUAUUUCUAUUGCUUCAAGUCACCGAUUUGAAGUAAAUUAUCUCCGGUAGUUGUGGCAGUUACAAUUUCAUCGGGGUGGAUUUUUUUUUCAAAUAUCGUACAAUUUUUUUAUUUUACUGUAGUUGCACCAGCAAUAUGUUGAUGCGAUCAACUAUUAUCUUAGAAAUGGUCGGUAAACAACCUUUGAACAUUAGGAUCAUUCAAUUUUCCUAUAAUCCAUACAAGUAAAAAUGUUACUAUGAGCUUUACCGUUACACAUGGUCAGGAGGAGUUUUUUAAUAAGAUAGUCACUUCGAUGCAUUUCCUUCAUUAAACGUUGUAUUGAGGAACUUAAAAUUAGCCCUCACGUCUCUACGAAUCUGAUCAAUCAGGAAAGCAAUGAAAAACCGACAAUACAAACAUACAUUAUAUCACGAGAAGCAAGGGCGGUAAAUUGUCGUUAGGGAUAUAAAACCGUUCCUCUGAAAAUGUUCAAAAAUAUUUAGUCCAAAGGGUAUCUGUUUUUGUAUGUUGUGUUGCUCACUUAACUGCUGCAAUAUAAUCUAUAGAUAUAACAAAAUCUGUAAAGUUUUGUUUUCUGCGGAGGAGUAGUGAUUUAGGUAUUUCUGCAUGAUCAUUUUAUCCUAUGUUUACAUCAGUGGUUCUCGAACUUUUUCUGCUUGCAUCGCACUAAGCAAAUAAAAAUAAUUUUGCGGCACACUUG